UCCACGUCCGCGUCCGAUGCAGACCUCUCAGGGUGAACUGCUCUUGGAGUCGUCCGGGCUCCGCGUCUGCGGCCGCCGCGUAUCGGCGCGCGGCGCCGCUCUGCUCGGCGUCGCGCUCGCUGCUUUGUGCGGUAGCCUGUGGCUGGCUGCGGGGCACGGCGCGCUGCCGGCCGGCCCUCCGGCAGCAGGCACGUCCAAGCCUGACGUCACCGCGCCGGGCAAGGACGGGGUAUGCAGCGAUCGCGAGACGUGCCUCAGCAUCGUCGACGCGUUUCUCGAGCGGCAGCCGCGGCAGUCCUUCAUGGGCGGGAAGGGCGUUGGGCUGAUGCAGACGUUCGGGCCGGACUCGUUCGACGGCGGGCCGUGUGGCGACAAGAUGUGCAAGCUCGUCGAGCCGUGCCCCAACUACGAGCAGACGCCGCACUGCCGGUUUGACGUGUACGACAAUGCACUCGCGGCAAUCUACCUCACCCGCCGCGGGCGGCUGGAGGAGGCGCGCUCCGUGCUAAAGUCGUUCUUGUACUUUUUGUACGACGACAAGGGCGCGCGCGACUCCUCGCCCUGCGGCCUCAAGCUCCUCGCCGCCUCGUACACCGACGCGCCCGCGAAGGCGGGCGACUACCAAGGGGUGGGCGUUGCCGACGGCGCCGUCGACACGGGCAACAAUGCGUGGGUCGGGCUCGCCUUCACGCACUUCGCGGCGGAGACCGGCGAGGCCUGCUAUGCCCGCGUCGCGAGGGACAUCCUCGAGGCCCUCCGGCACGACGUCUCUUGCGCCGACGACGAGAUGGGCGGAUUCGCCGCGCGCGGCCCUCCCUACCCGCACAACUACCGCUCGACCGAGCACAAUAUCGACGUCUUCUCUCUCUCGCGCGCGCUCAACUCCAGCGCGGACGCCGAGUCCGCCGCCACUUUUGUGCGCUCGAUGGCUGCGGGGCUCGCGGCCGUCGAGAUUCAGCUUGGCCAGAACCGCGUUGACGCGCAGAGCGGAGGCCAGCGCCUUGGCACCCUCUUCGCCAAUGCCGUUUCCAUAGAGCGAGAGGCCCCAGACACGUACGUCACGGGCACCGGCGACGCAGCGCACUGCGACGCCACCAUCCCGCUCGCCGCGGCGGCGGCGGACGUGCAGUUCUGGUCGCUGCUCGCGGACGCGGACCCGUCGGCGGCGCGCAAGAACGCUUCGGUCACAUUCGCGCUGCGCAACCCAGGCAGCGCGCAGCGGCAAGCGGGCUUGUGGCAGAUCGACGAGGAUCUGAUUGGCAGCCCGGGCGGGGAGGGCAAGGGGCAGGAGCUGUAUGGCUUCCGCUUCACCUCGUGGGGCAACGGGAUCCAGGCGCGUCCCGAGACGCAUGUGGCAGCGUCCACCUGGGCCGGUCUCCUCCUCCUCUACCAGCACGACGACGGAGCGCCCGUCGAUGACGCCGCGAACCCGUUUGCGCCGCCACGCAAGCCGGCGCACCCGGGCUGUUCUGCACUGACGGGGGAAUGCUGCCCGACCGCCAUCGGAAUGAUGCUCGAGUGCUGCGGCAUCUGA